UACCCUCCACCACAAACUCCAUCACAAUUAUUACAUGCAUGUUUCUCAUCCUAUAAUAACAACAACAUUCUCCAUAGUCUAACUUGUAGUAAAAACAAGAAAACCAAAAAAAAAACAUGGAGAAGAGAAUAAUGCAAAUAAGAGAUGGUGUUUUAUUACAACAUCCAUACAUUUUGGUGUUUGUAUUGGUGUUGAGUUUCAUGGUGAUGGACCCUUUCGAGUUGAGCCCGGUUGGAGGCCUCGACUUUAGCCCCGUGGAGAAUGACAUUGCACCUUACAAGAGUGUGAUGGAGAGCUGGCCUUGGGAUAAUCGGAGCCGUUUAGGGCUCGGUAAUUUGGAAUUUAAGGACGAAAUUUUCGGGCCCGAAUCGCUCGAAUUCGAUUCUUUGGGCCGUGGGCCCUACGCUGGGCUGGGCGACGGGCGGGUCGUGAGGUGGAUGGGUCAAGAAUCCGGUUGGGAAACGUUUGCUCUCGUCUCGCGUAAUUGGUCCGAGAAGCAAUGUGCACAAGGAGUGGAUUCGACAACAAAAAAACAAUGGAAGAUGGAGUCGGAAUGUGGACGACCUCUCGGCCUAAGGUUUGACACAAAGAGUGGCGAUCUAUACAUAGCGGAUGCUUACUACGGCCUUAUGGUAGUGGGACCCAGUGGAGGGGUGGCGACCCCCUUGGCUACACACGUCGAUGGGGACCCUAUCCUUUUCGCUAACGAUCUUGAUAUUCAUGAAAACGGAUCCAUAUUCUUCACCGACACUAGCAAAAGAUACAACCGAGUGAACCAUUUUUUCAUUCUGUUGGAAGGCGAAGCGACGGGGCGACUACUUCGAUACGAUCCUUCGACGAAAACAACGCAUGUUGUCUUGGAAGGAUUGGCAUUUCCUAAUGGAGUUCAGUUAUCCAAGGAUCAGUCUUUUCUUCUCUUUACAGAAACUACAAAUUGCAGGAUCAUGAAAUACUUCUUGGAGGGACCAAAGAGCGGGAAAACAGAGCUAGUCGUAAACCUCCCGGGAUUCCCGGACAACGUAAGAGUAAACGAGAGGGGCGAGUUCUGGGUAGCGAUCGACUGCUGCAGGACCGCAGCGCAAGAGGUGUUCGUGCGGAACCCGUGGCUUAGAAGCGUGUACUUUCGGUUGCCGGUGCCGAUGAGGUACUUGGCGAGGUUUGCAGGGAUGAGAAUGUACACUAUGAUAGCACUACUAAAUGACAAGGGAGAUAUUUUGGAUGUUCUUGAUGACAAAAAUGGUGACGUCAUGAAAUUGGUGAGUGAGGUCAGAGAGGUUAAUGGGAGGUUGUGGAUUGGGACUGUAGCUCAUAACCAUAUUGCCACUCUUCCUUAUGAGCCUCCUCUACUACAACAAGCCUAUUGAUAUAUAUAU